AUGCUUCAUUCAGUUCUGCUGCUUUCGACCAUCGCCGCAGUGGCGGCCGAGCAGUGUGAAGGCAGUUCAGACACAAACGAGCUUAUGCAACACCCGAACAAGCAUAAGAAAGCACACCGCCCAGCACACACUUUUGAGAGCGGGACCCAGAUUUGCUUCGCGGACCUGUGCGUGAGCCCAUCGGACGCGCCCCUCUUCGACUGGAAGACCGGAUGGAACAGCUUCUUGCAUUCCGAGGGUUCCGAGGGGCGCCUGGGCCUGGAUCCUUUACAAGGUUGCUGUGAAAGCUGCGACGCGGUUGCGACGUGCAGCAAUUCAGAGAAAGAGGAGCACAUCUUGGUGGAGCACAUCUUACCUUUCAUGCUCCCGCCUGCCAAAGAAAAGCCGGUCUUCCUGGAGCUUGGGGGGAUGGAUGGAUGGCAUGAGACCAACACCUACUUUCUGGAGAAGUGCCUGGGUUGGAAGGGGAUGCUGAUUGAGGCGAACCCUGAGAACUUCAAGAACCUGCACCGCAACCGGCCCAACGCCCUGAAGAUCUCCAGCGCCAUCUGCACCAACACCAGCAGGGUGGUCUUCGGCAGUGCCCGGGCCGCCGGAAGGAUCUUGAACAACCACCCCCGUCACCUCUCCGAGGAGGACACCCUCCCCUGCUCGCCCCUCCAGGCCUUCUUCGAUGUCCUGGGCGUCGGGCAGGUCACCGUGUUCAGCCUCGACGUCGAGGGCUUUGAGCCUUGGUGGGGCUACCAGGAGCUGUCGGUGCUGGAGUCUGUGAAUUGGCACAGGGUGAAAGUGGGAGCGCUGGUCGUCGAGGAGUUGCAGCUUGAUCGUGACCAGCAGAAGAACAAAGAUGUCAGGCGGCUGCUGAAGGAGACGGCCAAGCUCGAAAUGCUGGGAGUCUCUUGCUGGAAGGAGGUGGCUUGCGAUUCCUACUGGAUCAACCCGCUGCUCUUCGAUCACGAGGCCGCGAAGGCGUAUCUUCGCCGCCACCCAUUCCCCAGCGAGAAGUACCGGGUGAAGCCGGAGACUGCCUGCUCCAAAGCCUCGAAAACUGUUCUGUAG